AUGUGUGCACUCUUUGCAGCGCGCAUUGGCAAGCCCAAAGGAAGUCGAAAUCGCAAGACGCUGGCUCGUCUGCAAGAAGCAGCCUCUCAUGCGGCGACAAGUCAAGCGAGCUCUCCCACGCCCUCGUUUUCUGUUACACCCUCUCCUUACAGUGUUUCGCCUCAUUCUCUUCCUACGGUGCCUGAAUGGAUCAACUCAGAGUAUCCGUUUCCGUCAACUCAGCCGGAUUCUUACACGUCUUACGCCUGGAUGCCACCACAAUCAAUACCAACGCCCCCGGAGAGCAUUGAUAUGACUUUAAAACCAAUAGCAGCGCAUGAUCAUACAUUCAACAGAAUAUCGCAAUCCAGCGAGUUUCAUCUCCAUAGUCCGCAGCUGUCAAGAUCUGCAAACACGACGAAUACAGAUUUUUCCAUAACAACUCACGAGACGACCAGCUAUCCAGUAUCCUGGCAAUCCGCUACUUGUGACUGUUUCCACUGGCAGGUUUUGAAUCUAACUUCGCUCCACAUGCCGAGCACGUUCGAUGAAUCCUUACAGUGCAUUGCCGCUACACUUGCCGCUUGCCAGCGAACAGUGGAAUGCCAAUCAUGCGAGAAGAACUCAUCCAUUGUUCUUUUCCUGAUCACAUCAUUGCAAAUGGUGCUCGACCGACUUGGUGCCCUGCUCUCUAAGGAACUAAAAGCAACGGCAUCAGCUCCAUCAUCAUCAUCAUCAUCAUCAUCCUUUUCCUCGGCGUCAGAAUCAGUCAUGGUACAAUACCCGCAAGCUGAGCAGCAGAAUGUUAUGCGCUUGCUGCAGCUUCGCCACAUGCUAUUCAAGACCCAGAAUGCGCUCAAGGAUAUCCGAGAAGCCAUUUUAAUGCCUCGACAGAGUCCCUCAAGUGACUCUGGAUUGUUUUCAUUCAUAGGAGUCAUACCGGGUGCUUCAGGCUACCCAGAUUGUCUUCACCAAGUGCUCGAUAAGAUCCAGGCAGGAUUAGACGUUCUUCUUAGCACUAUAAGUUCGCAUCACGCUUAG